AUGGACUUGCAGUCUCCAUCCGUGCUGGCACAAUUGCCUCGCCCCCUCCAUGCCUCCUCAGGCAAGACUCGUAUUGGCGAUGUCUACAGCCUCGCUGAUGCUAAAAAGCGCAAGCGCUAUGAAGUUGCCGUUGCGAUCGAUGGUGAAGCCAUUAACAUUUACAAUGUGCAAACUCCCAAGCUCGUAACCUCGUAUGCCGUUCCACCGCAGUCGACAUUCUCUUGCCGCCCAUGCUCUGUUCGUCGCAAGAUCUCGAAAAAGUCUGUUGUUAAGAGGCAGACAUAUGCUGCAGCGAUUAAGCCAGAACAUCAGAUCAAGUGCUUUGUGGAAGAAGUUAGCAACGGAUCAAGCGCGCCAGCAAUUUCUUCGUCAGCAGCCACUAUCACAGAUUCCCGCAGCCCCACAGCUUUCGUGGGUAUUGUUCCUAUCAACGUCGAUGACGAGAAUGAAUCCGACCCUUUCGAUGUCCUUGCAGUGCAUGAAGAUGGUCGUGUGCGCCGAUUGUCAUCCGAUCUCAAGACCCAGCGAUGGAGUAUUCAGCACAGUGAACUGAACAAGUUCUCCUCCACCCAUGUCGUCCACACUUGCUUCUUGAUUGAUCUGGAUGAUGCACGUAAGUCAUUGCUCAAGAGGCGCCAGGACUUGGCUGCCCUCGCUCUGGGAGAACAAGCAGCAGAUGGAACCAAUGAGCCAUCUAUCUUGCUCGUUGUGUCGCAUCCCAAGGAUGCCGAACGUUUUGCCCUGCAAGAUGUGAAUGUCCAGAUGUUCUCAGUGCCUGCUAAGUCGGGAUCUCAAGAUGAAAGCGAACGUCUUCGUCACCUUCAAACAAUCCAGGUACCCGGUCCAAAGGGAAUCGAUACAGUCAACAGCCAUGGCCUGCAGUGGAAUUUCCACGCCGGAUCAGCUGGCCUCCACCUUUCCUUCGAUAAGGGUUUCAUAAACACCGAUCUAUCACAAUACGCUCCAUCGGUGACCUCACAGUUCAUUCUUAAUGACGAGAAUUUCUCUUCUGUGAUGCGUGUCUCUCCCCAAUGUGUUAUUGGCGCCAGUGACUCCUUAGUCGCACUUUACGAUACCCAAUACCAAUCCGUACAGCGAAGCAUUGCUGCCGGUGAGGUUCUGUCUGGCACAGGUUCUAAUACCCCCAUUGCCUUUAUCAGCUAUUUCGCGAAGCUGGGGAUCGCAGUAGCCGCAAAGGGAAACACUCUUAUUGGUUUCGAUUUGACUUCCCUCCACAGCCACUCUGGACCUUCCCUGAAGCGAUCUCGUGAUGGUCUUCUUAUUGAUGCUAUUGGACGUGGUAUCGGUGCAUCUGCUGCGCAGUGGGAUCUGGCAUCCAAGAAACACCGGUCUGAGAAUAUGACUUCGCUCCACCUUACUUCCCCCGAGCAGGUAGAGAAGUGGAGUCAGUUGACAACAGCCGUCAAUGAAGCUACAGCGUCCAAGAACGCCACACUCUUCGAUAAAGCCGUGCUGGCUUAUUUCGGCUCUACUCUACCUCACCGAGGACAAUAUGUUAACACAGAAUCAACUCUCUUCCUGUUGUCUAAGAUCUUUGCGGCUGAAGAAUCUGUGCCCGAAGGUGAUGCCGUGUCGCCUUCACCAUCCCAGCUGCGUGUUGUCCUUUGGCCUCGCGUCACUUGCGCCUGGUUGAUUACUUUGGGUCAUCUAUCUACUGAUAAUGUUGAGAUUGCACUUCGACGCGCCUUGAAGCCACGCAUCCUCCAGCCCCUGCCCACUGGAUCGUUAGUCCAAGCACUCAUCAAUUUUGAUUCAUCGUUGAAGAACGUCAAUCAUGUUCUCAGUGGCCCAACUACCCUCUCGACCGACGAAUUGGCCUACGCCUUGAGGUACUUCUUAAUUGAGGCACGUCAGUGUUCUGGUCCAUUGGAGGAAACCACCCGCGCUAUCACCAACGGUGAUGUUGCUACGCCAACGCAGGAGCUUACACGCCAAUUGGGAGAUGAGGAGGCUGCUACCGUCAAGGCAGUCUUCAAGGGAUUGAACAUCACAAUCCAAAAGAUUCACGCAUACCCUCUUUCGUCUGUCACAAAGGCUCUCCGCUCCAACCUGUCCCGACAGGAGCUUAUCUCCAUGAUUCGCCACCUUCGCGUUUGCCUCGCCGCCGGUGGCUACAUGUACCGCUUCUCCGAGACCCCACCCACCCCCGUCACCAUCGACCAGGUCACUCCUUCUCUUUCUCUCCAAAUCAUCAGUGAUAUGCUCACUUCCUCGGUUGAUGCCGUCGGUCCUUCCGGCUGGAUUUCUGCCCUCCCCUCCGUGAACGACCUUGAUGAUGAAACCGACUCGAACAUUGCCGCAGUCGCCCGCGAGAUGGGCCUGAUUUCCGAUAUGAGAACAGAGAUCUCUGCUACCCUCAACGGUGUGGAAGAGGCAACCCACCUGAAGGGUAUUCUUCGCGAGUACCUUCGAUUUGCCGACAAGGUCGUCACCCCGAAGUCUACUGCUGGAAAUGUAGUCGCCAAGGUCGAGACGGAGGCCACUUCUGGCUCCUCUCAUCUUGUUCGCCAUGAGAAAAUCAACGGUGCUGACCUCCUAGUCUUUGCUCGUCCUGGUGAGGGUGAGGAUGGUUAUGAUGGCGAUGCCAGUGGAAAGAUGCUGCCGCUAUCGAUGAAGCCUGUCUCCACUGAUGUGUCGAAAACCAAGGUCAAGAAGUCAACGGGUGAAACCAAGGCUCGCAGCAACCGUGAGAUUAGUUACAUGCGUCGCAAGGAGGUUGGCAAGUACUCUUUCGAGAGACUUCUGGUUUAA